AUGGCUACAACUUCAUCUCCAGUGGCAAUCAAUCCACCAAGUUAUCAAAUUAUUAUAACUACUCUUAAUAAUAGAAUGCCAGCAAAUCGCAUUAAAGUAUUUUCCUUCAUAGCCAUAGCUAUCGCCAUAAUUCAAAUUGCGGUGGCCGCGGUUGGAUUGUCUGAGCCUUGCCCAAUUGGUCUGUACGUCUUAAGCUUUGGUCAUUAUGGAAAUAGUUUCUGGGUAGCAGGACCAAUAUUACUCUAUGCUUUGGCUAUUGGCUGCAGUGUGGAUCGGAACAACCUUACGAAAAAUAGGAUAGCUAAUAUGAAGAUAGGCGCGUUUCUAUGCGUGCUUUGCAUCAUUGGAGGAUUUGUAGUAUUAGGUCUGACUAUACGCGCGCUUUCAAUUCUGUCGGUUUACUCUGACCACUUCCAUUUCGAUUGCGGCACUCAUAAAGUUUCUGUAAAUGAAAUAUAUACUCCUGCUGUUUUAACAACAACCGUCCACUUUGGAAUCUACAUAUUUUAUUUUUCGUUUUGUGUGUGGAUUAUGAGACUGAAUAACGAUUUCUAUCCAAAUAUGUUCGCUGCACGAUCUAGUGGUCGUAAUACUUUUGUGGUUCAACCACCAGCAGAAGAAAUUCCUUCAUACGAGCAAUGUAUUGCAAAAAGUAAAAUACUGACGAAAGAUGGUAAAUUAGCUGCAAUAAAUGUGCCUCAGACAGCUCAAGCAUAG